GCGUGCGUGUGAUUUGUUUGUGUAUCCUCGUUGUUUUUCUCUCUUGAGUGUUUUAUUGAGAGUAAACAGAGUCUUGUCUCUGUGUAUUUUAGUGUUGAUGAUGAGAUGGAUGUGAUGUGCUGUAAAUCAGUAGGAACUGAUCUGUCUAUGCUGGAUAUUGAUGAUUUCGUCAAAGAAAUCUCUCAGCUGAAGAAAGAGGUGGCGUUACUGGAGAUAAAGCUGAGGUUAAGAGGAGAUGAAGGACUGAAGAGAGAGGAUGGGGUUUGUUGUGAAUCUUCAGGGUAUGUGACUGUUUGGAGCUCCAGUGAAUGUCUGGAUUCAGUGUGGAUGAGCAGAGAUCAGAGCCGCACACCACAGUCACUGCUGGAUAAACUCUCCGAAGAGACAUCCAGACACACACAGGACUCAGAUCUCAGUCUGUCUUUACUCUCUUAUACUGAGUCAAAGCCCACAGACACUAAGGACACUACAGUGUGUGACAGUAAACAGAGCUUACAGGAGGAUCAAACCUCCACAGAGUCUCUGGAUUCUGUCUGUAAUGCUGGAGAACAGCAGCAGAUCCUGCAGACCAAACUCAAGAUGUCUUCAGUUAAACCGAUGGACAGUGGGAACCUGAUGAUGAAGAUGAGAAGGGAAACUACAGCAGAUGAAGUUCACACUGAGGAAGAUGAUGACAAUCAUGAUGAUUUUUUUCCUUCAGAUAAGAUCAGUGAUUCGUGUUUGGAUGGAGAAAUAACGUCUUUAUCGUCAAAAGAGCGACAGACGGCACAAACUCUUUCCUGCAUCACCGAUGAAGAGACAUUGAGCUCACAGAGACAUUUAGAUAAAAAUGCAGAACAAAAACUCUUGACCUCCACCAGAUCUGAGAUCAGCUUCACUACCUUACAAAAGUAUAAACGUCAUCAUUCAAAAGUGCACAGAGAGAAGAAGAAGAAGCACUUUCACUGUCAGCAAUGUGGGAAGGAUUUUGGCUUCUUAUCUCAGCUAAAAAUUCACGUGAGGACACACAGUGGUGAAAAGUCUUUUUACUGCACUGAAUGUGGCAAAUAUUUCAGCACCAAACAAAGUCUUCAUUUUCAUCAGAGAAUUCACACUGGAGAGAAACCAUACGAGUGUCCUCACUGUGAGAAGAGAUUCAGCCAAAAACCUCAUCUGAAGACACAUAUGCUUAAACACACCAAUGAAAGACCGUAUCAGUGCAGUCAAUGUGACAAAAGCUUUAAGAAUUCAAGUUCAUUAAAAUCACACCAGAAUACUCACUCUGAGGAGAAACGCUAUCAGUGUUCACACUGUGAUAAAGGUUUCUGUCAUAAAUCUAGUCUGAUAAUCCAUGAGAGAGUUCACACUGGAGAGAAACCUUACGUCUGCUCUCAAUGUGGAAAGAGCUUCACUCUUCCAAGUACUUUUAAAGCUCAUCAGAGAAUUCACACUGGAGAGAAACCUCAUCACUGUACUGUUUGUGGGAAGAGUUUCAGCAAAAAAUGUAAUCUAAAGAAACAUGUGCGUAUACACACUAAUGAGAAACCAUAUCAGGUUUUAGGGAAACACCAUAUAACUCAUAGGUGAAAAACCGUUAAAAUGUUCUCAGUGUGAGAUGCCAGAUUCCUUAAAGGCCCAUUUGAGAGUUCAUACGUGAGAGAAACCUUACGGGCCCUAUCAUUCAUCCAGCGCAAUGUGCGACACGAGUGUCUUUCGCUAGUUUCAACCUGGCGAAAUUAUCAUAUUCACGUUAAGCUUGGACCAAGUUGUUUAAAUAGCAAAUGCAUCUGCGCCCAAUUUUGCACCCAUGAGCGUUCUGGUCUGAAAAUGAGGUGUGUUCAGGUGCAUUUUUGGCCUGUUGCUAUUGUGAGGCAACUUAAAUAGACUACACCAUUAACCAACUAAAACCUGGUUUAAAGUCAAUGGCGCAAUAUUGUUUUUGUUAUUUAAUGAGCGCAUUAGUAAUACGGGACGACAGUGCGCGUUUGCUUAUCACACACAUGGAUGCGCAGCAGGACACAACCCUUUUAUAAUAUGAAAAGUUAAAUGAUUAAAAUGUAAAAAAAUUAUUAUUGAGUCUCUUGGACUUAAAUGAGGACCGAUUAUGAGACGUUAGAAGAUGUAAAGAGCUGCUUCACCUGUAGCUUGGUAAGAAAUUUUUUGCUUUAAACAAAUGCGUCUGUUUUUAAAUGUUUUUUAAAUGCUACCUCACGAAUUUGUACCUGUGGAUAUGGUGAGAUGAGAAACAUUUUUAAUGCUUUAAAAAAAACAUGGCGCUGUCUGAGUGCUAAAACGGCUCUCUGCACGUUUGUAAAUUCUUUAUCUUCUGUUUG